GGACGUCGUUACCAUCGUAGAUUCCAUUCAUUGGAACUGCAACAACGGCAACAAAUUGAAUUCCCAAAAGCCUGUGUAGCGAGUAUAGCUACGGGUAGUUGGAUUGGCUGUGCUGUCGACUUGGGUAAAAUUAUUUGGUCACUUCACACAUGGAGUGAUGAUCAAGCAAUUAAAAUAUGCAAUAUUGACUGUACAGGAAACUUGAAAGGACGUAUUCACAAAUUAGAAUGGGUUUGGGAUGGCAAAUUUCAAUGUGAAGCACGAGCUCCAGGUAUUGUGGGUGAAGGACGAGGAACAGCAAGUCGACAAGGAGCAAUGGAAGAAGCCAUUAAAGAAUUUAUUUUAGCGGCUAUUGAAGCUGGUUCACUUAAAGCUGAAGAUUUCAAAUGCUAA